AUGGUUAUCACAGCUAGAUCCCUCUUGAAGACCCUUUGGAUUCACGGGAAAAAGCAUACUGGCGUCGGGCUGGUAUGUGCAGUAGCAUAUUUUGAUCCGGGAAACUGGGGUGUCGACCUGCAAGCAGGCUCAUCGUACGGCUAUCGACUACUGUUUGUGGUCCUCCUCUCUGGACUGUUCGCCGUGUUCUUCCAGGUGCUUUGUAGUCGACUUGGAUGCGUUACUGGCCUUGACCUGGCUUCACACUGCCGGGUUAUGUUAUAUCCUCGCCCAGUAACCCGGUACGCACUCCUGUACCCGCUUUAUAUCCUAUCGGAGACUGCGAUCAUAGCGACGGACCUGGCGGAGCUGCUCGGGUCUGCCAUUGCGCUAUGCUUGCUCUUUCCUGCCCUCGAGAUUUGGCACGGCGUACUCAUCACCGCGUUCGACGUUCUCCUCAUCCUUGCCCUGGGUGAUCCGCUUCGCGGACGGCCUGUACGUAUCUUUGAGGUGAUCAUCGCUGUCUUGGUGAUUGCUGUGCUGAUUUGCAUGUGCAUCAUCAUCGGCCGCGUGAACGUUCACUGGGGCAAUGCUUUUCUUGGAUAUGUCCCGUCAAAGUACAUCCUCAAGGACGGGGCACUGUAUACGUCGGUGGGCAUCAUAGGAGCGACAGUCAUGCCGCACAGUCUCUUUCUUGGCUCGGCAUUGGCCUACACAGGACCGCAGACAUUCAAGCAACGACUCUGGUCCGUAUUCCGCAUCCCGCCCAUGUCACCACCACAAACACCGGAGAACAAUCCGCUUUCGUUUGUCAAGACGCAUCUGUACCAUGGCAUUGCGGACGUCGUCAUCUCCCUUCUUUGCUUCGCGGUUGUGAUCAAUUCCCUCAUCCUCAUUCUAGCAGGUGCUACCCUCCCUUCUGCUACUAAUUCUGCUUCUCUAUUCGACGCGUAUGAUCUCAUUCGUGGUGCUGUCUCCCCCGCAGCUGCCACCCUUUUUGCCGUCGCACUCUUAUUCUCCGGCCAAUCUUCUUCCCUCAUCGCUACGGUAGCAGGCCAGGCUGUGUCCGAGGGAUUCCUUAACAUUCGCCUGUCGCCAGUCUUUAGACGUCUCCUCACGAGGUUGAUGUCCCUCAUUCCGGCACUCACUGUCGCCGUGGCCGUAGGCAGAGACGGGAUCGACACCCUCCUCGUUGCGUCCCAAGUCGUUCUGUCCAUCGUCCUACCCUUCAUCGUCUUUCCCCUCCUGUGGUUGACCAGCAAUAAACGUGUCAUGUCUGUGCAGGGUGAAGAUGGGACCUCUGUUUGUUUUGGGAACCACAUCAUCGCUACCUUGUUUGGUGCGGCGGUCUGGCUUCUCGUUGUUGCAGCGAAUGUUUAUGUUCUUGUCAGUCUUGGUAUGGGAACGUCAUAA